GUUGGGAAAGGAGAGGAUUAUGGUUUUUAGAAGAAAAGCCCUAGCACCGUAUCUCUUUCUUUCUCCUUCUCUUUCUCGACAUCGUUUAUCUUCUUCUCCGGCGAAAACUCAAGCGACUCCGACUCCGGCGAAAAUUAGCUGAGAGCGACGAGCGACUUGCAGACGGAACCCAAACCACGUCAGCUCCUGCAGCGUGAACCAGCGACGGCCGAAACCAACCAACGACCUCCGGCGACCUGGCACCAGCAACCUCGUUAUUCAAACACCUUGCAGCAGCGUUUUCCCCCUUUUUGAAAAGCCAGGAAAGAAGAUGGUCUCUGGGUUGAUAAAUGCAAAUCCAGUUGUAUACCAAAAGAAAGAGCGACGAGCUCGAAACGCUCCAUGUGAUGGUGACGAAUAUGCAGUGGAACCCAUUGAUCAGUUGGAAAUUUUUGAUCAUAUUAGAGAUAUAAAAGAUCCUGAGCACCCAUACUCUUUGGAAGAGCUUAAAGUAAUAACAGAAGAUGCAGUUGAAGUAGAUGAUGAGCUUAGUUAUGUGAGAGUUACAUUUACUCCAACAGUUGAACAUUGUAGCAUGGCAACAAUUAUUGGUUUGUGCUUAAGAGUGAAACUUAUGAGGAGCCUACCUUCUCGGUAUAAGGUGGACAUUAGGGUAGCUCCUGGAUCGCAUGCUACUGAAGCAGCAGUAAACAAGCAACUUAAUGACAAAGAAAGAGUUGCAGCAGCACUGGAAAAUCCAAAUCUAUUAGAUAUGGUUGAUGAAUGCUUGGCUCCAUCUUAUAGUUGAUUGAGUUAGGAGUGACAAAUGCAGUUAAGAUCAAUAAUCACCUGAAAUCCAAUCUCAAGGAAGCUUUUUGGUCCCUUUUAUGAAUAUAUGUAUUAUACAAGUUUAUUAGAAACAAAAUGUUAAAAUUUUCUGGAACAUUUAUUUCUCUGAAUCAGUAGGAUACAACCAUAUAGAUAUCUCAUCAAGGGUUAGCUGCACUUGGAUUUGUUGUUAAAUAGGCUUGUAUUAUUAUUUUAUUAUUGCAUUGAUUAUUGAAUAAACUUUUCUAAUGUUCAUUGUUGGAAUGUAAAACCAUAAAUACCAUGAAUCUUUUUUUUUUUUUUUUUU